UUUAUAGUAUUCGAAACAUGCAGUCGCAGUUUUCUAAAAGUGUCACUGAUAAGAUAGUGAUUUUGUGCUGUUUUUUGAAGCUAACUAUCGCUGGUGUUCUUCAACAAAGAUUUCCUUGCGCGCCAAUCGAUGCAAUCUCCGCGAGUGGCGCUGCAGUACCAGUGGCGUGCGCCCUCAAAUCUAUCGAAAGUAAAGUAGAACCGGUACUUCCGACUUACGUGAAAGUUUCUACUCCAAUUUCGUACAGACUGUUACCGAAGACCUCAUCGUUGGUCUACAUUGCUCCGCCGAUUUUUAAAACAGCCUCUGCAGUAGUCGCGACUGACACGAAGAACGAGAAAGACGCAGAAUAUACGUCCUAUCCAAGGUAUUCGUUCAAUUAUGGCGUUCUGGACGGAUACACAGGCGAUUCGAAGUCAGCAUGGGAAGAAAGGGACGGUGAUACCGUGAAGGGCGAAUAUUCCGUGGUCGAGGCAGACGGAUCGAUUCGAACUGUGACCUACACGGCUGAUGACCACAAUGGUUUCAACGCUGUUGUGACGAGGAAUGAACCUCCGAAGAAGUCGAAGGAAGACGGUAAUUUGAACGCAUUUCUGCCGGCAACGAUAAUUUCUAAUCCCCAUUAAAGAUAAAUCGAUCAAUCUUUGAAAAGAGAAGAAACGUUGGAAUUCUUUUGCAAAUAAGAUUUGGUCUAAUUUCUCUUACGUUUCAUGAAAUGCAAAAA